AUGUCCACCGUCACGCGAACCUUCCGCAACCUGUGGAGGGUUGGCCUCAAAGAAUAUGGACACCAGCUGCAGUACAUUGGCGAUACCAAAGCCGGUGUUCUGAUCGGAACCGACCGAUACGGCAACAAAUACUACGAAAACCUGGAGGAAGACCUUCCCCUACGGACACGAUGGGUCGACUAUAAGGACAGAGAGCUUGACGCCAGUCAAAUAGAACCCGGAUGGCAUGCGUGGAUGAGCUACCUGGUUGACAAGCCCCCAGCGGAAGACAAGGUCAUGGCCGUUGGCGUGAGACCUUGGGAACCCAAGGAGCCCAAGAUCAACCUGACAAUGAGCAGAGGAGCUUACCGCCCAUACUCGACGACAAAACCGAAAUACAGUGCUUGGGAUCCUGUCGCCAAACCCCGAGACGGCUCUACUCCCUAG